AUGGCGGACGAGCAAGAGGAUGAUUUCGACUUCGAUGAAGAUGAAAUUGUGAAGCUGGUAUCGGUCGUGAUUCUGUGUAUUCUUGGAAUUCCAGGAAAUACAAUCAUACUCCUGGUAUACGCGAAGAAAAAGAAGAGAAUAAGUACCGACAUUUUGAUCAUCGUACAAGCCAUCAUCGACUUCGUUGCCAGUGUCUUUGCGCCACUGGUGCUCUUGAAGACAGCCUACUCGAAUCUCGUCACCGACGGCAUUUGCGUCGUCACCGAGCUGACGGAAAACGGCAGCGCUUUCUCAUCGCUCUUUCUGAUGAUGGUGAUCAGCGUUGAUCGGUAUCUUCUCGUUUGUCGACCGCUUGGACGUCGUGUCACGACUCGCACGGCCGUGGUCGUAUCCGUCUGCUGCGUGCUUGUGGCGAUGGCGAUGAUGUUGCCGCGAACGAUCUACACCCGUGCUGUCAAUACUGAUCUGGAGUUAGAAGUAAACUGCGAGUUUCCUUUAAGUCAUCGAGCUACUGUGAUCGUCUCCGUUAUGUUCCCGGUCACGUUUAUCGUAACGAUGUUGAUAACGCUUGUCCUCUAUGGACGGAUUUAUAUGUUUUUAAGAAGGCAAGCCAAAGUUCAUGCGGCAUUGGUUGGCAAUGGUCCAGGUGGAACAGAUGUUCCUCUGCCCCCUUCAUCGGUUACGCCCCCGGCUAAUGAUGCAAGCACAAUCAUUGCAAUGCAGCUAGAUUCAAACGAGACAGCCGUUGAACAAGACCCAACUAGCAUCGAACAGAAACAUGUUUCUGAACGCCUACCAGGAAGAUUGGAAAACCAGUCGCUGUACCAACUGACAGACAACGACACCGGUGGCGCGACUGGUAAUUUGUCCGCGGUUGAAUCCCACGCCGCAGCCGCAGCUUCAACUGCGACGUCAGUGACGGGACAGCCUGGAAACAUCCCUCGUAAAUAUACAGCAGGGCUGUCAGUGGCCAAAGCCGGUGCCUCGAGUGCCCAGUCUGGAGACUCUAAACCCGAAGCAGCAUCACAGAAUGCCCCGUUUAAGCACCCAAAGAAAAGGGUAGCGCACAUCCGCGGCCGCUCCACAACGAAAAUGCUUCUAUGCAUCACCAUCUAUUUCAUCAUCACAUGGCUACCUCUCAUAACAAUUACCCUUCUUCAGCAACGGGUGAUCCGAAAUCUGACAACGAAUUUGAUGGCUAUUAUCAUUGGGGCAUUCGACACGUUCCGAAGUACAAACCAUGUGGUGAACAUUUUCGUUUACAUAUACACAAACGUCCCGUUCAGAAAGGCAGCGCGAAAACUAUUUACCCUCGAAGGUAUCAAAGGAAAACUUUGGUGA